AUCACGGAGGCGCUCCGCACUGCUAAAGCUAACUCUCUCUCCUCUGCUCUCAUCCUUCUAGACCUAUCGGCUGCCUUCGAUACUGUGAACCAUCAGAUCCUCCUCUCCACCCUCUCCGAGUUGGGCAUCUCCGGCGCGGCCCACGCUUGGAUUGCGUCCUACCUGACAGGUCGCUCCUACCAGGUGGCGAAUCGCAUCUCUGCAUGUCUGGCAGACAUAUCAGUGUGGAUGACGGAUCACCACCUCAAGCUGAACCUCAGCAAGACGGAGCUCCUCUUCCUCCUGGGGAAGGACUGCCCGUUCCAUGAUCUCGCCAUCACGGUUGACAACUCCAUUGUGUCCUCCUCCCAGAGCGCUAAGAACCUUGGCGUGAUCCUGGACAACACCCUGUCGUUCUCAACUAACAUCAAGGCGGUGUCCCGUUCCUGUAGGUUCAUGCUCUACAACAUCCGCAGAGUACGACCCUGCCUCACACAGGAAGCGGCGCAGGUCCUAAUCCAGGCACUUGUCAUCUCCCGUCUUGAUUACUGCAACUCGCUGUUGGCUGGGCUCCCUGCCUGUGCCAUUAAACCCCUACAACUCAUCCAGAACGCCGCAGCCCGUCUGGUGUUCAACCUUCCCAAGUUCUCUCACGUCACCCCGCUCCUCCGCUCUCUCCACUGGCUUCCAGUUGAAGCUCGCAUCCGCUACAAGACCAUGGUGCUUGCCUACGGAGCUGUGAGGGGAACGGCACCUCAGUAUCUCCAGGCUCUGAUCAGGCCCUACACCCAAACAAGGGCACUGCGUUCAUCCACCUCUGGCCUGCUCGCCUCCCUACCACUGAGGAAGUACAGUUCCCGCUCAGCCCAGUCAAAACUGUUCGCUGCUCUGGCCCCCCAAUGGUGGAACAAACUCCCUCACGACGCCAGGACAGCGGAGUCAAUCACCACCUUCCGGAGACACCUGAAACCCCACCUCUUCAAGGAAUACCUAGGAUAGGGUAA